GUGUAAUGGCUUUGGCCGAGUAGAGACUCUUAUUCUCACUGUCUCGACGCUGGCUCUUGGCAGUGUCGUGUCUAAUGCCUCGGAAUUUCCUAUUCGUCACCAGCACAACAUACUCGUGCACCUCGCACCGCAGUACAUCUCGCAUAUGGCAAGACCUCAAGAGCUGUCGACUUCAUCAUAGUGUUGUGGAGUUGAACUCUGACUCAAUGUCCGGGCAUCUCAGCUUGGCACCUAGAAAGUGCCGAUCAAGAGACUUCAGCCAUAGACCUCAUGUCGCCAUUGUCGGGGCAGGGCUCGCGGGGCUGCGCUGUGCAGACGUGCUCCUCCAGCGCGGAUUUAUAGUAACGCUGUUGGAGGCCAGGAAUCGGUUAGGUGGCCGAGUGCAUCAAGAAAAGCUACCUUGUGGUCAUCUUAUUGAUGUUGGCCCAAAUUGGAUUCAUGGCACGAAUGAUAAUCCUAUUUUGGACCUUGCGAAACAGACCGAUACGGUCGUCGGUACCUGGGACGACAAGGCAGAUGUCUUCGAUCAGUCAGGGAGGCUCCUUGACGUGCCAGAAGCGGAGACACAUUCGACCAUCAUGUGGAAUGUCGUCCAGGAUGCUUUCAGACACAGCAACAAGAACUGUGCCACAAUAUCCCCCGAUGAGAGUCUCUGGGACUUCUUCCAAAGAGAAGUCCCAGGGAGAAUUCCAAGCACCCAGCCGGACUUCGAGAAGAAGCGCGAAGUCGUGUUUCAGAUGGCUGAAAUGUGGGGAGCUUUUGUCGGCAGCCCGAUUCGCAACCAAAGCCUCAAGUUCUUUUGGCUAGAGGAGUGCAUUGAAGGAGAGAAUCUUUUUUGCGCCGGAACAUACCAGAAAAUCCUUCAAUUGAUCGCAAAACCAGCAGUUGACAGCGCAAACAUCAAAUACUCAACGAAGGUCAACAAGGUCAAGGCCACCGCCGAUGAUAACAAACUUACGGUCCUCACCGAUAGCGGCGAGACACUAGAGUUUGAUGAAGUGGUCAUGACAGCACCUUUAGGCUGGCUGAAGCGGCACCCCGAAGCAUUCAGUCCACCGCUGACAACAAGGCUGACCAAAGCAAUCAACAGCAUUAGCUAUGGCUGUCUCGAGAAGGUCUACAUCAGCUUCCCCAGGGCAUUUUGGACCGUUCCGGAUGCCCGGGACCGCACCAUCCAGGGGUUCUGUCAAUGGAUUGCACCCAAAUACGCCCCGCAGUCAAACCCUAAGGGAUGGCACCAGGAAAUUGUAGAACUCGCUUCGCUGCAUCCAUCAGUAUCUCAUCCUACCUUGCUCUUCUACAUUUACGGCGACCAAUCUCGUUACCUCACUGACGAGGUUGCGAAGCUGCUUACCAAGGAGAAGAAGGACGCCUUUCUGUACGACUGGUUUCGACCGUACUACUCACGCCUUCCAAACUAUGAUGAAUUUUCAUCUGACUGCCAGCCCACCGGUUGCUUCUCAACCGACUGGUUACACGACGAGUUGGCCGGGAAUGGGAGUUAUGGUAAUUUUCAAGUCGGACUAGAGGAAGGAGACAAGGACAUUGAGACGAUGCGAGAAGGACUUCCAGACCGGGGUCUCUGGAUGGCGGGCGAACAUACGGCGCCGUUUGUGGCAUUGGGAACGGCAACCGGGGCCUACUGGAGUGGCGAAUUAGUCGCGAGGAGAAUAGCGGACGCUUAUGGCAGAGACAAGAGCGGUGCCCCGGUUGCACACUGAAAGAGGAUGCUCACACAAUAGCCUUGUUUCCUAGGAAGGCCAGGUUCGAGUGCAGGUACUUGUUGGCGUGCAGAAGCAGGAGUUGUCAGGAGGUCUCACAUAGAUUCUAACCGCAUUGACCACCUUUUUGCAUGCACCCCCAUUUUGCAGGGUCUAACUGAAUCAACCUAAAUACUUCGUCCAUAUUAU